ACUAAGUCUUACCCUACCCUAAUAAAACUUCACUACCUAACACCGUCCUGUUUCUCCUCCACAUUAUUCUUCGUCGGCUUCCUCAGGCUGUUAACAACUACUCACUCAAGUAUUCAUAGACACCGCUGCCAUGGGUUCCUGUCUUUCCCGCCCCUCCCUUCCAUCUUCCUCACGUCGUAAAGCAGCCCCCACAGCGUGGGUACCGCCACCCAACACAGACAACAUCUUCACGCCUAUCCAGGCAGACGAUAUCCUUUCGCAGAUCCCCAUCUCGGCACGUCAUCCAGUUCCCCGUAAGGGCAUCGAGGACGAUGACGACAUGGUACAAGUCAUGCAUACGAACUCCUUCUACGCAAAUGCGUUUUUGGGCGAGCAGAAUCGCCCCAUCUGGACACAUCCAUAUGUGCUUUGGUGGGGGGACCGGAAGGGUGGGAUCGAGGCAGAAGGGUUCAUCGACUCGAUGGGGAUGUGUGUUGGGCACACUGCUGUUGGAGAUUUUGAGUAUGGAGAGGGCACGCCUGCGAGGUUUUUUACUGCACCCAAGAAACAAAGCUUAGUACUCGGAGCCCGAGAGUUCGACAGAGAGACUGUUUUAACUACUGAUUCUCAUCUCCCUUUCUCCGUCAACAUCAAUUUGAAGCGCGGUACGGCACCAGACUCGCCCAAGAUUACGUUUCCAGUUGUUCAGGGAAUGGGGUUCGUCACGGCCAAUUAUCAUAAUGCAACUCCCAUGAUUCAGACUGGAGGCAGGGACGGCUUUCAAGAGUUGUUGUAUGUUAUUCCGGCACCCAAUGAGACGUAUGAUGGUACUCGGUCGGUCAAGGCUGAUCCGCACACUUUCACAUUGCCGGCCAGUUUCAAGGGCACCAUUCAAGUCGUCAAGAACCCGCUUGGGGGCGAAGGGGAAACCAUUUACGACCAAUCGUAUGGUACCUUCGUCGUGGAAGCUUCACUAUACGCGACUGUUAAUGAGGCCAAGGGAACAUACACAUUUCAGUACACCAAGGUCGGGACCUCUCCUGCUCUUAUGUUCGCACUGCCGCAUCAUAUACAGUCGCUUGAUCCAGAACUCAAGCCCACUGUCACGAGACUCCAGCUCCAAACCACGACCAAAGGUCUCGCCACGGCCCUCAAAAGCGACCGCUUGACAUUCGUCGAGCCUGCCUUGCCCACAAGCAUGGCUUUUGGGCCUUGGGUUCCGCCUCCUACUUCGACAUUGCCACUUAGAUCUCAACCAAGGUACCCGCCCGAUGUGCUCGCCGCACUAGCUCGGAUUGUAGAUCUAGAUAUUCGGCGUGUCAUGACCGAGAAGAUACCAGAAGAAAGCAUAUACUACGCCGGCAAAGCCCUCUCCAAAUUCGCAACUAUCCUAUGGAUUUCCAAAGACGUGCUCAACAACCCGCCACUCACAACCGCGGGUCUCGACAAGCUCAAACUUGAAUUCUCUCGUUUCGUACAAAAUCGACAAAAAAUGACUUUGCAGUACGACGACCAAUGGAAAGGAUUAGUCUCCAGUGCUGGAUUUGCGGGAGGUCAGGGCGCAGAUUUUGGAAAUACAUGGUACAAUGACCAUCACUUUCACUACGGCUAUUUCGUUUAUACCGCAGCGGUAAUUGGAUAUAUUGAUCCGGCCUGGAUAGCGCUUGGGGACAACAAGGCCUGGACGAACAUGCUGGUCAAGGACUUUGCGGACAGCGACGAUAAAGGGAGAGACUAUCCCUUCUCGAGGUGUUUUGAUUGGUGGCAUGGGCAUAGUUGGGCUAAAGGGCUCAUCGAGAGUGCGGAUGGUAAGGAUCAGGAGAGCACGGGCGAGGAUGGAUUCAGUGCUUUUGCGAUCAAGAUGUGGGGGAAGACCAUCGGGGACGCGAAUAUGGAGAAGCGCGGAAAUCUCAUGUUAGCCAUACAAGCUCGCUCUUUCAACAACUACUUCUAUCUUUCUUCGACCAACACGAUCCAACCGUCUCGAUUUAUCGACAACAAAGUUGCGGGGAUCUUAUUUGAAGGGAAGGCCGACCAUGCUAGUACGUACAACGCCAUCUCACCACCCCUCCAAGGUCCCAUCUUGAAUGCUCACCACCUCUUCUCUACAGCAUACUUCGGCGCAGACCCCGCCCUCACCCAUGGUAUUCACAUGCUUCCUCUUUCCCCGCCGUCAUAUUACCUCCGCCCGCGCGCCUGGGUCCGUGAAGAGUGGGACACGCACUUCAGCCGCGAUCGCUAGAAGAACAUCGAUGGAGGAUGGCGUGGUGUGCUCAUGAUGAACCUUGCCCUUAUAGACCCAAAAACUAGUUUGAACUUCUU